CUCCGCCGUAGCUCCUUCGAUUCUCCGGCACCGGGAAAAAUUCACACGAAAAAGGAGAGAACGCAAAUGGCGAUUAAGCCAUAUAUGAGAUCGAUUUUGAUUGUUGCUAUUGCUUUCUUAUCUGUUUUACCAGCUACUCUCUGUAUCGAAGAUAAAUGUGCUGCUUGUACUACCAUUGCUGAGGAGCUGGAGCAUGGACUCUUGAAAGAAAAACCAAGAAACCAUUUAGACAUGAGACACCGCCUGGAUUCUAAAGGUCAGCGUGAAGGGAAACUUAUUGAUUACAGAGCCAGUGAGCUAAGAGUUGUUGAACUCCUAGAGGACCUCUGUGAAAAGAUGCAAGAUUAUACUCUGGAGAAGGUGGAUUCAAGCACAAAAACUUGGAUUAAAGUAAACAAUUGGGACCUUCUCAAGACUAAUAAGCAAGAAGCUCGAGCACAUUCAAAAGCUAUAUCAUCCUUCUGUGGAAGGUUACUUGAGCAAACUGAAGAUGACUUCACAGAAUUGAUGAAGAAAGGAUCUGUCCAAGUUGGAGAUGUAAGCAAGGUAUUAUGUGAAGAUCUCAGCAACUAUUGCAAUGGGAAAAGUAGUUCCAAUAAGACAAUAGGUGAUGAAAACGAAGAUACAGAUCGAGAACUUUGACCUAGUUAAUCCUUUUCUUUUCCUGCUGGUUUUGAUGGGUAGAGACAGAGAAGAUUGUCUCUAUUGUAACUCAUGCAAGCAGAUAACUUCAAUAGAAGUAGCAGAUCUUUACGCCCUCCUAUUUCCUUCUUCCGCUAUCUUUUUGUAAUACACCAUACAUGUUCAUCCCUCCUUUUUGUUGGACCAUGUAUCAGUCGUUGUAAGUUGUACUCAAGAUUAACUAACUUUAUCGAUGAACAACACCAUUGUCAUUCGUAUCCUUUCUUCUUGUUGUAUUAUGCUACUUAAUAUUAUACGUAAUUUUCUUUUAAUUCCAA